AUGGCCAGCACAUUGGGAGACCACGAUGGCUCCAUGCCACAUUAUAGAGUUCCAGGAACCGCUAGAUCUUCAACGGCUGCUUCGACGACAUCUUCCUCCACCAGAAUUGCCCUCUUUAACUCCCUCACUCCAUCCAGUACAGCCCUGGUCAGCGAGUGUGUGGAUACACCAUAUCGCCAAAUACCAAAAACUUUGAAGAUAUCUUGGCAAUGGAACAAACUGCGAACUUUCUUUCUUGGCAAUGAUGGCUGCUCAAAGAUGUUUGCUGUAUCAGAACACUCUGGACUUUUUGGCCGAAACUCAGGUUCGCCUUGUCUUCUCCUCCACAACGGACCAACCGGAAAGGACGAAAUACUAGCAGCAGCUGGCGAGACACUGCGGGAUGGCUUAUCUGACCCAGGUGUUGUAGAGAGUAUUGUCAAUGUAUCCGCAGCCCCUGGGUCAGACAUCGAUACUAGGGUUGCCACUGAAAUCGUACAGGCACUAUACGAUGAAACCGAGCAGUGCGUGGUAUUCCGUUGGGCAAUAGAAACAAAACAAGCAGAGACAGUCCAAGACUGCAGCUUUGUUCGGGAAGAAUUCGAGUGGUCCAUGACACCGCUCCAAGCGGCCAAGGAUCCUAAAUACUGCCACGAAUUCAAGCUUUACCGAACUGGAGAUAUGAAGGCGCCAUUGGAAUACCUCGCCAUGGCCUCGUGGAAGGAGGCAGCAUGGAAGACAUGCAAGAUUGAGUUCUCCGACAAAGCAAUGCAGCAGAACUUUGGAGAUCGGUGGUCUCUAAUGGUGGUGAUGUCUGCCUUGAGAAUGUGGCAGCUCGGUCGAACAGGACAAGCAUCUUUGGAGUAUGUAUCGAACUGA